AUGGCGCAACGUGGAGACAGCGAACUACAUCCUGCUAGAUUUCUCGCGGAAAGCGCCCAUCCCGAGAAGACCUCAAAUCCUCCUGAUCUCCUCAUCCUGAAUCAGCCAAUUGCUCACUUCACAGCAUUUUCACGCCUUUGGAAACACACGGGCUAUCGCAUAUGUGCCGAUGGCGGCGCCAAUAGACUUUUCGAUAUGCUGAAAGAUGACUUGAUAGAGCAGCGCGAACAAUAUCUACCCGACAUGAUUCAUGGAGACUUGGACUCGUUACGCGAUGAAGUGCGUGAUUACUACGAAGCACGAGGUGUUCCUGUGUCACGAGAUCGUGAUCAAUACAGCACAGACUUUGGGAAAUGCAUGCAAAAAAUCUCCUCGCGUCUUACUUCCCUAACCGUACGAGAUGUUAUUGUCCUUGGCACCCUGGGUGGAAGAGUUGACCAAGGUCUUGGGCUCUUGAACGAAAUGCAUAGAGAAGAGACUCGACAUGCCCACCUUCGUCUAUGGCUGUUCUCUGAGUCCAGUCUGAGCUUCGUGCUGAGGAGUAGAGAGACUCUGCUAAGAGGGCUCCAAGAAAGUGGCGUCUUUACGGAAAACGUAGGAUUCCUUCCUAUAUAUGGGCCAGCGGUUAUCUCUACUGAAGGAUUAGAGUGGGAUGUCAAGCAGUGGAAUACGCAGAUGGGUGGCCAACUCAGCACGAGCAACCACGUUAAAGCGAACGAUGUGAGAGUCGAGACGGACGCGCCAAUACUGUUUACGAUAGAGAGAGCGCCUUUGUGA